AUGCCUUCCUCUCUGGAGAAGAGUACAUCCUUCUCGCCGAAAAAGCAAGUUAAUCACAGUUCGAAGAAGAACCAAGGCAGGGCCAAAGCCCAGCCCGCUUCCCGUGUCAGCGACUACAAGCCCGACAAUGUCUUCAUGAAUAUUCCGCAGAACAGUACAAGCAACCCAGCGCAGAGGAUUGCCCAUUAUCAGGCUCAAGCUACCGCGGCCCUGGACGAGCUCCUGCCCAAGAUCCAGGGCAGCGAUCCCGCAACCGCUGGCAACAGGGAUAAUAACAACAGUAGCAACAACACAGCCACAGACGUGUAG